AUGGCCGAACCACGCUUUAACAAUCCCUAUUUUUGGCCUCCACCUCCAGCGAUGCCCAGCCAGUUGGAUAACCUGGUGUUAAUCAAUAAGAUCAAGGAACAACUGAUGGCGGAAAAGAUCCGACCUCCUCACUUGCCUCCUACUUCCGUCCCUUCGCAGCAACCUCUGCUCAUCCCUCAGUCGCCGGCGGAGACCAGCCAGUCUGUCAUGUCCCUACAGAAGCUCCAGCAAAUCCCCGGAUUGCAUCCACAAGCCGUUCCCCAGCCAGAUGUGGCGCUGCAUGCCCGGCCUGCCACCAGCUCUGUUACUGGUUUGGGCCUGUUGUCCUCCCGCACAAAUGUCAGCACUUCAGAAUCUAGCACUGGUACCAGCAGUGGGAUUUCCUCCACUCCAACUUCCAACAGCCAGACCCGACUCAUCGCCACCUCCCCAACCCUCAUCUCAGGAAUCACCAGCUCACCAAUGCUGGACUCCAUAAAGACCAUCCAGCACAGCCUGCUGGGGCCCACCAAACCUGAGAGGGGGCGCAAGAAAAUCAAAGCGGAGCACCCACCCGGCCACCCAGUGCUUGUCGUCCCUUACCCCAUCCUGGCUUCAGGAGAUAUUGGAAAAGAGGGCAAAACCUACAGGUGUAAAGUUUGCCCCCUAACCUUCUUCACCAAGUCAGAGAUGCAGAUUCACUCCAAGUCCCAUACAGAGGCCAAACCUCAUAAGUGCCCGCAUUGUUCCAAAUCGUUUGCCAAUGCUUCAUAUCUAGCACAGCAUCUGCGCAUUCACCUCGGUGUCAAGCCCUAUCACUGCUCGUACUGCGAGAAAUCCUUCCGCCAGCUCUCUCAUCUUCAGCAACACACCAGGAUUCAUACUGGUGACCGGCCCUACAAGUGCCCGCAGCCCGGCUGUGAGAAGGCGUUCACCCAGCUCUCCAAUCUGCAGUCUCACCAGCGACAGCACAACAAAGACAAACCAUACAAGUGUCCUAACUGUUACCGAGCGUACUCGGACUCUGCCUCACUUCAGAUCCACCUCUCGGCCCACGCGGUGAAACAUGCCAAGGCAUACUGCUGCAGUAUGUGUGGGAGAGCAUACACCUCGGAGACUUAUUUGAUGAAGCAUAUGUCCAAGCACACAGUGGUCGAGCACCUGGUCAAUCACCAUUCUCCUCAGAGGACCGAUUCUCCUGGCAUUCCUGUUAGAAUUUCCCUUAUAUAAAACAUGGGGAGGAAUCUUAGCCCAGGAGCAGAUGACCAAAUGCCAAGGGCGGCCUGGGCUGCAUCCCACUUUAUCCUCAGUCUGAGGAAGCAGCUACCUUGCUGGGAUGGAUCUGGGGCCUGGACCAGCUCCCUCUUUCUUCACAUUUCUCUGGAGCACCUGUCAUGCACUUGGGUACCCUGACAACUGUUUGUCUUGUCAGUGACCGACUCUUGUGGCAGCUGCUUGAGGACCUUUUACAUUUCACUGAUCUAUGAAUACACAUGGAUUUUACCUCUUCUUGGUUGCCCUUGGGAUUACAAACCUUAUUUGGCUAAACUGUUGUGUCAUACGAGCGUGUAACUGGACUUUACCUUGGAGUCAAAAACAAACAAAAAAGAGCUUCUGACUUGCUGCCACUUGGAAUGAUCCUGGAUUGGCUGAAGUUUGAUGUUAGUGAGAUUCUGAUUGGCUGCUCUUGGUGUGAGUCUAACUAUAACAUUGAUUUGCCCAAAUUAUUUGGUGACAUGCAAAGUCCCCAGCCUAGCACUUUGAAUCUCUCACAUUUUAUAUUGGUUCAUGUUUAACUUUUUUAUUCUCCUUUUUUUUACAUAUGAAAAAAACAAUAAAAACCCUAUUUAUUGGCCAAGAAUUUGGUGCUGCUAAAAGAAAGAAAAUCAAGCAGUGAACACUUUUAUGAACUCUAUUUGCUGAAUUAUAAUCAAAAUGCUGCAGAAUUCAGCACCCAUCCUGGGAUGGAGAUGGACUGGUGGCCUAGAUGAGGAAGGCAGGGUUCCUCUCCAUGGCCGUGAGCGGAGUAUCACUCUAGAUGAAGAGGCAUGUUUCCCCUCCGUGGCUGCAGUUGGAGUGUUGGCUUAGAUGAGGUGGAAGGGUUCCUCUCCCUGGCUGUGGGCACAGUGCUGGUCUAUACGAGGGAGUACGGUUCCUCUUCGUGGCUGCGGGCACAGUGCUGGUCUAUAUGAGGGAGUACGGUUCCUCUCCCUGGCUGUGGGCACAGUGCUGGUCUAUACGAGGGAGUACGGUUCCUCUCCCUGGC